AUGAGGUGCAAAAGAAGUGUACCCGAAUGUAACAAAAAAUUUGCAUAUAUGUUGACAUCAUCGAAAUUUGAUGACAUAAAAUCAUGCUAUCAGUUGGCAGCAAUAGCAUUAGCAGCAAUUCUUAGUUUCUGUGGUAAUAUUGAUGGUGAUUUUGUAUUUGAUGAUCGAGAAGCCAUUCUUCAAAAUCAGGCUGUUCAAUCUAUCAUAAAAAUUUUUGAUACUGAUUUUUGGGGUUUCCCGAUACGUUCAUCACGCAGUCACAAAUCGUAUCGGCCACUUACGACUAUUACUUUUGCGUGA